AUGUCUUCAUCAUGCCAGUUGUCUAGCUCCAAGCUGGGGCACUCCUCGGCAACGGAAGAGAGAGAGAGGCACGUCGAUUGUGUAGGAUAUGCCUCGAAUCAACUCUCCUCCACGUCGCUCUCCACGUCAAAAGGGACUCUUCAGGUGACUUCCAACCUCGUGAAAAUUAUUCACGAAGAUGAAGAGCUACACCCUCCACCAUUGGGAGCCAACGUGCUUGCGACCAGCAUCACCGCCCAAUUGAUCGAUUGUUCUCAAUGCAGUGACAUGAUCGCGGACUUGACCGAAGACAUUCAGCUUCGGGACCAGGCCAUUCGAGAUCUUCGUGCGGAGAUUGUGAAUCUGAAAGAGACCAUGAAGACCCUCCAAUUUGGUCAGUGA